GAGAUGUCGUCAUCUCAUCGUUUGACGCGAGAACAAAAGGGAAAGGGGGCGGUCUCUUCUCGGGACUCUGACGAUGUCCAUCACGAAGCGAUGAUGGAUACGGGGAAUAUGGAUUUAUCGCAGCGUCUCUUGGUCUCGGAAGCGAGAGAACAGUUCCGGGGUGACGACGACGGUCAAGAAGCGGUCGACGCCUCGAUUGUCCCGAUCAGCUACUACCCUGGGAACAUCUUCGCUGAGGAGAGCCCCCUGGAGGUUUGGAGAAUUCGACCUUCGGUCGUCGAUGGACAAGAUUGGUCCAACGUCGAGAGGACGAAGUCUACCGUGGAGUCGGUGGAAGCUAUCCUCCGAGAUCUCAAUGCACACGGGGUCUCGUUCAUCGUUCCAAAACGGGAUCAGAGGCCUUGGUCGCCUCCGAAGGGAUAUCAAUGCAUUUACGAGUCGUAUUUUCGGAGCGACACGAAGUUGUGGUUCCCAAUUCCCCGAAUUGUCACGGCUUAUGCGUUCCGCAGAGGAGUCGCCUUAAGCCAGUUGAUGAACGGUUCUCUCCGGUUAAUGGUCGUUCUAUCGGUGAUCGCGGCUGAGGCAGGGACAUCGAUGAGUGUGAGGUCGUUUGAGGAGUUGACUUCAGUCUCAAUUUCCGAUGAUGGGCUCGUCUCGACGAGGAUGCGCCCAAAUUAUAACGUGGUCACGGGAUACCCGACCAAAACCUCAGACUGGCAGCGUUCGUAUUUCUAUGUGAAGUCGAACAGAUCAGCGUUCGAGGAGCCUCCGAAGUCUGGUUAUCGCGUUCUCUGGAAUGCAGAGAUGGUUGGUCAUCCGAAUCUCGCCACUUAUCCCGAGGAUUGGAAGGAGAGUGCUCGGAUCGUUGCGUUGCAGAAGCAAGAUCACUGGGAGGACUUUACUCGGGAGAGAAUUCAAAGAUCCAUAGAUCAAAUUGCUAGUCAACGUUGGAUCUCAAACUUGCUUCCCCUCGUCAAUCAAUCGACUUCGAAGAGAUUAUCCCUCUUUACUCGAGCUGAGCAGAAAGAGAUCAACCGAGCCAAGACAAUGAAGCAAUUGCCCGACCUUAGUCUUAUUGUAGCUGAAAAGAUAGGCGCCAAGCGAGGCGCUUCCGGGAGCAGGGUUGGCCCUUCGGGGUUGGAAGCGGUAGAGGCGACCCCAAUUGCUGCUGAGCAAACGCGUACUGGUGGCUCCUCGCAGGGUAAAAGCUUGAAGAAGAGCAAGAAAAAGGCCGAGGGUCCGAAGGAAUCUUCUGAGCCGGGGCAAACUGGGGCAGAUGGUUCCUCUAAAAAAGGGGGUAAGAAACGGAAAGCCGGGGAUUUGCCCGCCGAGGACGCUCCUAAGAAGAAAAAGAUGAAGAAGAAAGAAUUGGCUAUGCCCCGCUCAUCCUCGGUCUGUGAAGAAGAACUUCAGGCUUUAGUUCCUGAAGCUAUCCCGGGGGUCGAGACCUCGGAGGAUGACGAGAACGAGACUAUCGCCUUUCGCCGGCGGAAGCGGGAGGGUCGAGUCAUCGAGGAGGUGUCUCGCGGAGCCUUAACCGGUGAUCUGCGUUCUGCCGAGGGUCCACAAGAAGUACAGACUUCGGGGGGACAACAAGACCGCUCGAGAAACGAGUCCCCUGCUCAUAUCACUGAGGGAUCUGAGACCCGAGUGUCUGGUCGUCCCAAGGAAACCCCGGCUGACGGAUUCAGGUUCGAAUUCACCCGCGAACUUCCGCUGUCUUGUUACCCGGAAGAUUGUGCCCGCCUGUUGCGGUUGGUUAAAGGCGGUCCCGAUCAACUCCCUUCGGUACGAGAUCUCAUCUUCAAAGAUGAAUAUGAGCAUGCUGCUUGCUCGUCUGUAAAGAGCCAUGGUGAUUGGAACGUUUUGAUCGAGAAAUACGAUUCAUCUCUCAGACGAGCCAAAGAACAGAUUCGUGAGGGCGAGGAGGCUAGGAAGAGAACGGAGGAAGCUCUCCGGGUUUCUACACGAGAGAAGGCAGACGCCAUUGCUCGAGAAAAAACCCUUAGAAAGGCGUUUGACGAGACGCGGACAUCUGACGCGGCCGAGUUGCAGAUGUGCAAGGAGGCGAUGAACAAUCUAGAGCUCGUGGUGGAUAAGCAGCAGAAGGAAAAGGCCGACCUGGAGGCAAAGAUGGCCGCGGAACUGCUGAGACAUUCCGAGGAGAUGGAUAGGCUUCGGAAAUCUCGUAAAUACGAGGUUACGCACGAGAGGAUCCGCGUGCUGAUUGCCAUGAUUGCUAAAGCCGAGAAGCGCUUUCAUAGGAUUUCCCUCCGCGAGGACAAAAGGGACAACUACGAUGAUGCUCGGUGUCUCUAUAGUCAGGCCUUCGGGACGAGGAAGUGUCUUGAGCAGAUCAAGGCUUCGGGUGUAGAAAUCCCGCAGGAAACCAUCGACUUCUUCAUCGGGCAAGAGAAGCACUACGAGGAAGAAGCAGAGCGCUUGGAGGUAAAGGAGAUUCCUGCGGAAGAUCUCUGCCUUUCUCCGCUAGUGUUGGAGUCUCGGUUUCUGAUCGAAGAAAUUUGGAGCCAGCUCGACCCGUUUGGGUCGAAUAUCGAUCUGAUAGAUUCGGAGGCCGCUGUUGCUCUGCGUACUCCUCUUCGUUCUGAGGGUCCGAUGGAGAGGCCCGCUCAAACUGCUGUGUCUUCCAACCAACCCACCGAUCAAGAUGCUGAUCUCGCGAAGCAGACAUCGGCGGGAGCGGUUGUUCUCAAGGACGGGGCAGUGCCGACCAUUGUGCUAACAGAUUCCCCCGCUAAGGCGUCGAAGAAUGCCAGCUCAUCCGCUUCCUCGUCGGAAGACCCGGAGAAGGGUGACGAUGUUCCUGCGGGGAUGCCUAUUGCGGACGCGACUGCGCCAGCCCCAGCCAAAUUUGGUCGCAUCUCGGGUCCCGGAGAAAAAGACGGUGAUGGUGGCAAGAAUCUUCCCGCUGGUGACGAAUAGGGAGCUGCUAUCUGGUCGAGGACCUUCUCUUCUUGUUGUACUUUCGCAGUUUGCUUUUUAGUAGACUUUUUCUCCUUAUGUUGUACUUCGGUCUCGUUGAGACCUUUGAACCUUUAUGUACCGUUGGCCCAUAUGGGUCUUGUUGUUCGAUACUCGGGAUGUUUGCUUUUUAUCAAAUGUUU